GGGCGGCGGCGGCUGCGGGAGCAGCACCGGGAGCAGCACCGGGAAUUGCAUCGGGAAUUGCAUCGGGAACUGCAGCCAUGCCGGGGCUGCUGCUGGGGGAUGAGGCGCCCAACUUCGAGGCGGACACCACGCAGGGUCGCAUCCGCUUCCACGACUUCCUGGGAGACUCGUGGGGCAUCCUGUUCUCCCACCCGCGGGACUUCACCCCGGUGUGCACCACGGAGCUGGGCCGGGCGGCCAAGCUGGCACCCGAGUUCAGCAAGCGCAACGUGAAGAUGAUCGCGCUCUCCAUCGACAGCGUGCAGGACCACCUCUCCUGGUGCAAGGACAUCAAUGCCUACAACGGGGAGCAGCCUGCAGAGAAGCUGCCCUUCCCCAUCAUCGCUGACAAGAAGCGGGAGCUGGCCGUGCAGCUGGGCAUGCUGGACCCGGACGAGCAGGACAAGGACGGCAUGCCCCUGACGGCCCGUGUGGUGUUCGUUUUUGGCCCUGACAAGAAGCUGAAGCUCUCUAUCCUGUACCCAGCCACCACUGGGAGAAACUUUGACGAGAUCCUGAGAGUGGUGGACUCCCUGCAGCUCACAGCCUACAAGAAGGUCGCUACCCCCGUGGACUGGAAGCCCGGUGACAGCGUCAUGGUGGUGCCCACCUUACCCGACGAGGAGGCCAAGAAGCUCUUCCCCAAAGGGGUCUUCACCAAGGAGCUGCCGUCGGGCAAGAAGUACCUGCGCUACACCCCGCAGCCAGAGUGAGGGCUGGCUGCCUGUCUGUCUGUCUGUCUGUCCGUCCUGCUGGGAUGCCAGAGCCUUCCUGAGCCCAGCUCCCGCCCCUCUGACACCGCACCACCCACGGCCCCGUCCUGGCACUCUGCUGCUGCAUGGCAGCACUGAACCAGCUCAGCACCAGUCCAGAACCAGCCCUCCUGAAUCAGCCCUGAACCAGCCCAGAACCAUCCCUGAACCAGCCCAGAACCAACCCUCCUGAAUCAGCUCAGAACCAGCUCAGAACCAUCCCUGAACCAGCCCAGAACCAGCUCAGAACCAUCCCUGAACCAGCCCAGAACCAACCCUCCUGAACCAACCCUCCUGAAUCAGCCCAGAACCAUCCCUGAAUCAGCGCAGAACCAGCCCUCCUGUCCCUCCAUUUCUAUCCCCCCAAAACCAACCCAUGGGUGUCUCCCUGCCUUGUGCCAGCCCAGAACCAGCCCAGAACCAGCCCUUCUAUCCCUCCAGCCAGAACCAGCCCUCCUGUCCCUCCAGCCCAGAACCAGCCCUCCUGUCCCUCCAGCCCAUCCCUCAGAAGCAACCCCUGGGUGUUUCCCUGCCCCAGCCCAGCCCUGCCUGGUCCCCAGCAGGCACUGCAGGGCUCCUGCUGUGCUGUCCCCACCCCGUUUGGUGCCAGCCCCGAGGUGUGCUGAGGAGGGCUGUCCUGCUGGGCCAGGAGCUCUGGGGGCUCCAAGCUGCUGCGUGCCUUUCAGAGCAGCCAUCUAACCUGUGCUCCACGAGUAGGGGAGGAGCUGCAGAGCUAAAUCUUUCACCUCUUAAUGCUUUCUUUGUCUCUUGCUGGAAGGUGAUGGUUUCCAGGUUUUGUGGGAGAGGGAAUUAAGCAAAUAAACUGACCUUCAGUACUA